CACUCACACACACACACACACACAGGCUGAAGAAAACUGAGGGAGCAGGAGAGACACAGAGAGAGAGAGAGAGGAUGGUCAGUGUGGCGGCUUGCAACACUGUCUAGAGCCUAGCCUUCUUUUUUUAUUUUUUUUAAUCUUAAUUAAAUUUGUGGACUCUGCAGCCAAAGGGAGGAGAGAAAGCCCUGUCCCUUCCCCCUUGCCUCAGCCACGGGAAGCACCCACACGGACUGAGCACAGGGCUAGGCCACAAGUCAUUAGUGCUCGGUGGGAAAGAACUGACAAAAGACUGGAGUGAGUGCUUAGAGUAGCUCCACUGACUUCUGAGGGGUGGAAAGGAGGCUUUUUUGGAUUUCUACCUCAUCUGUGCUCUCUAAUUUUGGAGGGUCUGAAUCAGAGACUGGUCUAGCCACAACGACCGAUGAUAUUGCUACAGCCUAGCCCUCUGCAACAACAAACAAGGAAGAGAGGGCACUUCCUUGAGCUAAAGAUCAUUUUGAAGAGCGCCAGAGAGACUGGUUGAUUUAGUUAAACAGAGGGGGUAGAUGUAACCACAGCUGAGACGUGAUAGUGGUUUUCUGUGUGCCUUGAUAAUAUUGCCACACAGUGAGCUGGAAACAUCAAGUUGUUUUGCUAAUGGUGACCUGGAAGAGCUCUUUGUCAACCAGAACGUUGUUGGUGCUCUGAGGAUGGCUGGUAAGCCCGUCUCUUGCCUCGCUCUGUCUGUACCCUCACUCCCGCCGUGGCUGUAAGAGUGAUCUAGCAAAAACAAGACAUUGACAUUUUAUAUGAGUGUACUUCCCAAGGUUCUGUUUCGUGGCUGAAGCGGUAACAAUUCGACUUCUAUAAGACAGCCGUCGGAGGACAUGGGCCAAAGGAAAAAACACACAAAAAGAGUGAAUAACUGAAAAAGGAGAAAGAAAAACAGGGGCCAUUGGAAGCCACAGGCAUGCAAAACAAAAGUUUCUAAAGUGAAAGGCUUAACUAUUUCCGGAUCAUAGUGUAAGGGGAGGAGACAAAACAGCUCUAUUGUUUUUUGGGGGGAGGACAAACAUUCUACACCAUUUAUACUGUUCUAUAAAUUAAAAGAGGGUGUGGGUAUUUUUCAGACAGACUGUUUUAGUUUCCAACACACUUUAAGGACCAAAAAGCCAAACAAAUGAUUAAAUGAGAAGACAGAGAACCUUCAAAUAUUAAACUCUGAACAGCGGAGCACAAAAGAAAGUCAGAAAGUUUAGACGGCAGCUACCGAAAGCUUUGGCUGUCUCCCAUUCCUUCUGUGGUCUGCUAAUCAAACAAUGGCCAUGGUGAGUGGGGGCUGGGGAGAUCCCAAUGGGGGCACCAACGGGCUGGGGGAGAAGGGCUAUCUGAGGGGAGAGGAGGAGGACGGUUCGCCCCAGGCAGGGGGCAGUGACAUGGAGGCUGGGGACGAGGACAAGGCAUGUGUGGUGGACUGUGUGGUGUGUGGGGACAAGUCCAGUGGGAAGCACUACGGUGUGUUCACCUGCGAGGGCUGCAAGAGCUUCUUCAAGAGAAGCAUCCGUCGCAACCUCAACUAUACCUGCAGGUCAAAUCGAGAGUGCCAGAUCGACCAACAUCAUCGUAACCAGUGCCAGUACUGUCGCCUGGAGAAGUGCUUUCGUGUAGGAAUGCGCAAAGAAGCAGUUCAGCGCGGACGUAUCCCCCCCUCACACUCCAGCCUCAGCCCCACGGGCACCCCAGUAGGUGGCGGUAGUGGCGUAGGAGGGGCUGAUUUCUACAACAACAAUGGUGGGCAGCCCGUGUCAGAGCUAAUCUCCCAGCUGCUGCGUGCCGAGCCCUACCCCAGCAGCCGCUACGGCCACCAGUACAACCAACAGGGCCAGGCCACCGGCGCAGGCGGGGCCGUCAUGGGCAUCGACAACAUCUGCGAGCUGGCAGCUAGGCUGCUCUUCAGCACCAUUGAGUGGGCCAGGAACAUCCCCUACUUCCCAGAGCUGCCUGUGUCAGAGCAGGUAGCUCUCCUCAGGUUGAGCUGGAGCGAGUUGUUCAUCCUGAACGCAGCCCAGUCCGCCCUGCCCCUCCACAUGGCCCCACUGCUGGCCGCUGCGGGUUUCCACUCCUCACCCAUGUCGGCCGAGCGGGUGGUGUCCUUCAUGGACCAGGUGAGGGUGUUCCAGAACCAGGUGGAAAAGCUGAGCCGGCUCCAGGUGGACUCUGCCGAGUACAGCUGUCUUAAGGCCAUCGUCCUCUUCUCGCCAGAUGCGUGUGGCCUGACAGACCCAGCCCAUGUGGAGUCUCUGCAGGAGAAGGCCCAGGUGGCUCUGACAGAGUACGAGCGGAUGCAGUACCCAGGUCAGCCCCAGCGAUUUGGCCGCCUGCUCCUCCGCCUGCCCGCCCUCCGCGCGGUGCCCGCCAACCUCAUCUCCCAGCUCUUCUUCAUGCGUCUGGUGGGCAAGACGCCCAUCGAGACUCUCAUCCGCGACAUGCAGCUCUCCGGAAGCUCUAUCAGCUGGCCCUACGUCCCUGGACAGUAACCCCGAAAGGAAGUCUCCGUCUGGGCAGUGACGACAAGGACCACAGGUUCCUCUGACUCAUCCAUCUGUGUGAUCCUAUGCUAGCACCAGCUGGACAUCAUACAAGUUGCACUGCCUCCAUGAACUGAGCUCUCCAUACCAGCCUAGCGCCAGCUGGGUCUAUUGCCAGCACACUGGUGCCAACACACCUACUGUGCACCAUUAUGGCAACCUGAGUCAGCUAUGCCAUCCGCAUGCCAUAGUGACUUACAUACACACGUUAAUGUCCUGCCAAUAGAGGUCACUGGAACCAUGCCUCAUUUUCCACAUCUCAUUGCCUUUGGUGCAAAGACUUUCAACAUCAACAUCAAACCAAGACAGAGAUCACUCUUGGUGAAAUUCUGGAGAAUUCUGGUAGAAAAGCUUUAUAUAUGCAAACACAGAAGUGGUAGAGGAAAUGGAACUGGGACAAGACAUUUCACCCGAAUCUUCAUCGUCCACUGAAAUUUCACUCAAAACGUAAUUGUCCUUAAAGCUAGAAUCCUUACUUGCUACAUCCAUUUUUGGACUUAUAAAUAAAUUAUAUAUACCCAUUUAUUAUUGAAGAAUAUAACUUAUAAAUAACUUAUAGUCUCAAACCAUCGUUUAAACUACAUUGUUAAAUGUACCUACAGUAUCUCCAAGCCCAUUCCGCAGCUUUUUACCAAAACAGAGGCGGGGUGCCUGCUUUGUUAUUGUUUCAAUGAAGGAUUCUAGCUUUAAAGAGGUUAUAGAUAUGACAUUUGAACUACUAAAUCAGCCAGGCAGAUAAAGUGGAAAGACUUACAGAGGGACUCAAUGAUAGUUUCCAUGUACCACUCAUAGGGCUCUUACUUGUUGUACUGGGCAACUUUUCAAACUCCACAGUCACACAAAUAUGGAUCGAUACCUCACAAGACAGCAGAAUGCUAUGGACGGAUUUCUUCUAAAGGCAACCUCUCUGUCAUUGUACAGUUGUUCACCACAGACUGCCUUCUUUUCAACAACUGCCUUUUCAAUAUGAAUUCGGACACUGCAGUUUGAGUAGAUUAUUCAACUGGACAUAUUCUUUAAGAUUAAUGCAGUUUUUUUUUAAUAUACGGACUGAUAUUUAAACUACACCUGAAGAUGAUGAAUGCAGCUGAUGUGAGUGACAGGCUGAUUGUUGAAACAAGGCUGUUCUCAAGUGACAAAAAAAAGUAUUUAAUCAAAAAGGUUGUGGCCAAAUGGUUUCCCUGUGACAUAUCACCAUGCUGAAAGGUUGUGGCCAAACGGUUCACCUAUGACCUGCGACCAUGCUGAAAACAAAGAGCAUAUACAGUUGGUACUUUCAAAAUGCAGAGAAAUCGCAUCAAAACUAAUUUGAAGUGUUAAGAAGUGUAUAUACUGUAGAUUUAGGGAACCAAAGGUUGUCCUGCUGCAUGUCACAAUUUAGUUAUUGAUCUGUGUUUCAUCUCUACGAAAUGGGAUUAGAAGGUAAAGUUCUUUUUUUUAUGUUGAGUCAACAGUUUCUUUUUUAAAACAUGAACAUUUUCAUGUGAAAAUACCUCUACCAUUCCUCGAGAUGUGUCAAAAAGAUGCGAUUCUCCAUAGCGGUGAAAAUGACACUACACUGGUGCAGAACAAGAGGCUACCCCUAAGCCAAUUGUGUUGCCACCACAAAGCAAUGCAUUCCACUAGCUCAAUGCAGAACACUUAGGCAAUAUGGGAGUUUGUUGUAAUGGCUGUUUGGUGAUGUGACUGCUGCAGCCAAAAUGACACGGUGAGUGUGUGGAUCGUUUCUUUCCAUAGGUGUGUCAGUUACCGCCAUAAGAAUGUCAGUUAGAUGUGGGCAAUAUGUUUUGUACUCACAAGCUAAUAAGAGAUGAAAUGAGUGAUUUGUAUAUACACUAGAUGAGUUUUGGGGUGAUGUUUUGAAGCCACCGUGCCUCCAUCUUGGCACUCCCCCACCUUGUAAAAAAAUAUUUUGGAAGCUAUAGAAAUGCAUUUAUUAAUGUCUACGUUCAUUUUUGCCACAUUGAUUCCAUUACAAACACCUUAAUUCAUGCUUUUAAAUUAUAUUAUGUGAGGUAAGCAAAAAUAAAAUAAAAAUUGUGUAUAAUUUUUUGAGAUGA